AUAACCAAUAGGGGAUUUCCCCAUCGCCCCUGAUGCGACGCCAGGACAUAGUACUUUUCCUGUUGCCCCUCUCAUUGACUUGGAACGAUUACUAAGGCAGUCUUGGCAGCACUCAGAUGCCAAAGUUCCACCACCAUGGCUGAAGAGCCAACCUGAGCAACUCGGCAUCAACCAAACUACCUCCAUCUUCAACACGCCAAAUUCAUCCAUCCCUCACCUCUCACCCUACACUCCCCAGAUAACGAGAUCAGGAAUCCUUCGCCAUGGGCCGAUUAGAGGAAGCUCAAGAAAUCCAGAAGCGGGAUCCUGCAAUGGCAGAGGCCAUGUAUAAGGAGAUGAUUUCGAAGCCGCCAGGGAUGAACGAUGCUGAGCUGAGGGAUUACGAACUGGCGUUGGUUGCAUUGGGUGGAAUCUAUAGGGAUGCUAGGUUAGUUUGGAGAUACUGAUGGCGGGGGUUGCAUGGGGAGGGAGAUGGAUCCGUCGUGUUUGAAUUUCAACCUGAUUGAGGAUUGCUAAUCGCUUGAAGACGAACGGGGGAGCUUGCAGAGUUGAUUAAGGCCAGCCGAUCUAUAAUGUCUUCAUUUGCGAAAGCGAAGACUGCAAAGAUUGGUGGGGACGCCCUUAUCCCCCGCCUCUAUCCUUGUGCCUUAGCUAAUAGCUACUUCCUCCAGUCCGCCAGCUAAUCGACCUCUUUACCACUAUUCCUGAUACCCUCGACAUCCAAAUAUCCGUUACGAAAUCUUGCAUCGAAUGGGCCAUCCAAGAGAGACGUUCUUUCCUUCGUCAAAACCUCGAAACCCGUCUAGUAGGACUCUACCUACAAAAACACUCAUACACCGAAGCCCUCUCGCUCAUCAACUCCCUGCUCAAGGAACUGAAACGCCUCGACGACAAAAUGGUUUUGGUAGAAGUCCAGCUCCUGGAGUCACGAGCCUACCACGCUCUCCGAAACAUCCCUAAAUCUCGCGCUUCCUUGACCUCCGCGCGCACCUCCGCAAACGCCGUUUACUGCCCUCCACUCAUGCAGGCCGGUUUGGAUAUGCAAUCUGGGAUCCUCCAUGCCGAGGACAAGGACUACAACACUGCCUUCUCAUACUUUAUCGAAGCGCUGGACGGGUACUCCACCCAGGACGAGACGAAGAAGGCCAUUGCAGCGCUAAAAUACAUGCUUCUUUCGAAGAUCAUGUUGAACCUCACUGAUGACGUCCAUCAGAUAAUGACCGGCAAGCUCGCCAUCAAGUACGCCGGUCGUGACAUCGAGGCUAUGAAGGCGGUAGCAAGAGCUCAUUCGAACCGCUCCCUGGCCGAGUUCGAAAAGGCUCUUGAAGUCUUCAAGGAGGAGCUGGGGUCAGACCCAUUCAUAAGAUCUCACUUCACAGCGUUAUAUGAUACCCUUCUGGAACAGAACUUGGUCAGGGUCAUCGAGCCCUUCUCGCGCGUGGAGAUCGAGCACGUUGCCAAGCUGGUCGGCCUCGGGACUCCGCAUGUGGAAGCCAAGUUGAGUCAGAUGAUCUUGGAUAAGGUCUUCUCCGGGGUGUUGGACCAGGGGAGUGGCUGCUUAAUUGUGUUCGACGAGGUUGGGAGGGACAAGAGCUAUGAUGCUGCAUUGGAGACUAUUAAGAAGCUGUCGGAUGUAGUUGAGGUGCUCUAUACCAACCAGGCUUCUAUGCUGGACUAAGUUUGUCGAUUAGACGAAUAGACACUCUGCCGGUUGGUGAUGAUCGGGGAAGUAAUUACUUUGACUUUUUUGUCCUACAUACAAUUGUGCUCCCAAAUGUAAAAUUAAUUUGUUGAUGAGAGCUAUUUUAUUCUUCUAGCC